UCAAGAGAAGUCUAGAAUCUUGCAAGUUGCAAUGCGCCAAUACUAUCUUACCCCAAAACCCAGAAAAACCUAUGCUUCCAGAAAUGUCUUAUUACACCAACUUCAAUCUCCUAUAAUUAUAAAUAACAUCUCAAAACUCCAUCUUCUGCAGCUCAAUUCACAGAACAAUCCUUUCACAUUAUCCAAUUUCAUUCCAAGAUUUCCAGUUAAUUCUCAAUUCAUCAAUUACAUGGCUCAAUCUCUCUCCUACUUCAUUAAUAACACACUUCCCUUUUCCAAAUCAGCAAACACUUUAUUAUCCGGGAAUUCUUGUUUUCCCCCGAAAAUCCCAGAAAUUCAGCUAAAAAGAAACAACUUCAAUGGAGGAAUCAAAGCCAUGAAAGCUGAUCCAAGGGACAAUUCUGACCAAAUGUAUAAACCUGGGUUAAAGAGGAGAGAACCUUCUGCUGCUCCUAUUGGGUUAUGGGAUAGGUUCCCAUCUGCAAGAACAGUGCAACAGAUGCUAGAUACAAUGGACAGGAUGAUGGAGCAACCAGUUGCAUACAACAGUAGCUGGCAAUCGCAACACCCCAACAAUGGAAGCGAGUAUGUAAGGGGAAGAACACCAUGGGAGAUUAAGGAAACAGAGGGUAAAAAUAGGCAAGAAAACGGUGUUGUGGAAAGUGAAGGAGACGACUGGUCUGUUAAGAGCUUUGGAAAGUACAGUAGCCGGAUUGCAUUGCCGGAAAAUAUCGAUUUUGAGAAGAUCAAAGCGGAAGUUAAAGAUGGUGUGUUGUAUAUAACGAUUCCGAAAGCGAGUAGCAUCAGCAAAGUAUUUAGUAUUAAUGUAGAAUAGUGGAAUCAGAUUGUUUUGUUUGGUUAAUAUGAAAUAUUCAAUGUAGACUGUGUAACUUGAAAUGUCGCUGCUUCUCAUGAAUAUAUAUAUUGAUGGCUCAUCUGAUAUCUUUGGAAA